GUUUCCGCCACAAACGAGGCGCCCAAACCCCGGAGCACCCACACAGCUUCGUCGCUCGCCACCUCGCCUCAUCGCCCUUCCGCACCCCCCUGCCAUCCCGCCUGCAAUGCGCCUGAUCGUCAAGAAAAGAGACGGAAGCACCCUGACCGAGCUGACCCUCGCCGACGAUGCCAAGGUCAGCGACGUCACUGCGGCCAUCCACAAAGCCAAGCCCAAAUACUAUCCAUCUCGCCAGAGACUGACCUUCGACAAAGGAGGAAAGGCCAACGCCAAAGUACUUGAAACCGGCAAGUCGCUCGCGGACUACGAGAUCAAGGACGGAGAUUAUAUUCUCUUCAAGGACCUUGGCCAACAAAUCGGCUGGCGCACCGUCUUCGUCAUCGAAUAUCUCGGCCCCAUCCUGAUCCAUGUGCUUCUCUACUCGCUGGCGCCGGUCAUCUACGGCCAGGGCUUUGAGCCCACCUCUCAGCAAAAGCUCACCUUUUACUUGAGCAUCGCUCACUUUGCGAAGAGAGAAUACGAAACCUUCUUUGUCCAUCGCUUCAGCCUCGAGACCAUGCCUAUCUACAAUCUUCCCAAGAACUGCGCGCAUUACUGGCUGUCGGCCCUUUGGAUCGCAGUGGUCACUUACCGUCCAGGAUUCCAUGGCGUGUGGCCCGUGCAGUUCAACGACCUGGGCAACUAUUUCCUUCUCUUCGUCUGGGCCUGGGCCGAGGUCUCCAACUAUGCCACCCACGUUACUCUCCGUAACCUGCGCCCCGAGGGCUCCAAAGUUCGCCAUAUCCCUCGUGGCUACGGCUUCAAUCUUGUGUCGGUUCCAAACUACCUCUUUGAAAUUGUGGGAUGGAUUGCGUUCUCGAUGCUGAACGGGUCCCUGGCCGCCUGGGCCUUCACCGUCCUUGGCGCUGCCCAGAUGUAUCUGUGGGCCGUCAAGAAGCAUAAGCGAUACAGAAAGGAGUUUGGAAACGAGUACCCAAAGGGCCGCAAGAUCCUCAUCCCUUAUCUCUUGUAGGUGCUGAGGCCGCCUGUUCGACGACUCGGCUGCUCUGCUCUGCGUUUGUUGUGAGUCCCGAGCGAAAUACACCAUUUUCAGAGUCGAGGAACACUCUGGCAAUCAAGCAACGGACGAUGAAGACCUCGAGUCGAGGGUGCGAUGGGCCCGUUGUGAAUUGUAGAUAUGUACCCCCUCGU